UCAGCAGAUUAACUAUGCAAAUACAUAAGUGAGCGUUAACGAAUAUGUGAAUCGUCAACCGAAGCCGACUGAUCUUUUGUAACCAGAGACCACAAAAAAUAUCACAUUUUGUUACAGCUCACAGCACAGACAAAGCGAACCUACGAAAUGGUGGGAUAAUCUUCUACGACCUGAAAACAAAUAGAACUCUCCUCCCGCCUAUCGUUACUCCACUAAAGUAUUCACCAUCGCCAAGACUACCUUUAAUUCGUCGACCAUGUUCAUGUCAUUCACUGAAUUGCGGUUGCUGCGCAGGGAUGUCUAUUCAACAGUUUAACUUCAAUCAGCACCUUUGCACAAACUUUACGUAUGACCCCAACGAGUUCUCUUUACAACUGGACGUGAUGAUGAACGAAAAUAAUCUGUACACAAAUAUGGUAUCGGCCAAAAAUCCACCACCGUUAUGUCUUCCAUUUCCGCUUCCGCCCCCAAUUCAAGUGGCUUUAAACAUUGAGAUGUGCGUUAAAUUAUUCAAUAUUUUUACGCCAGGAAAUAAUCUUCACAUGUGCAUGGACAUGCAAAUGAACGUGCAAAAAGCGCCAAUCAUUGUGUUGCACUUUGAUUGUAUGAGAAUGGGACAGGACGGUGUUGCCAUCGUGAAGCCAGAUCAGAAUGGAGGCCUAGAAGUAAAUACGGAAGGAGUGAGUCCAGAGGGUCCAGAGAGUCCAGAGAAUCCAGAUGUUGUGGAUAACGUUGAUACAGUGCCUCAGACUCAAGUAACGCAGCCGGGUGAACCACCUCAAACAGAUUAUGACAUUUACGAUGAAGUUACUGAAGUUAAAAUAAAAAAUUGA